AUGCCUCUCACUGCGCUCACGGACUCAGAGGUGCGCGAACUCCUCUUGUCUCUGACGAAGGAUGAUGCAGCAGAAUUGCAGCGAAAUCUUGCUGAAGCCUUGCACUCGUAUUCCACUGGCGACACCAACUCGCCUUGCGCUGCGUCUUUCCAGCCGGCCCGAACAGUUAUCGAGAAAAAUGGCGUCACCACGCUUUUCAUGCCUGCUUCGACUGGAACGUCGGUGGGGAUGAAGAUCGUAUCAUUAGAGCAGCCGGAAAUGAUCCCAAGUCAAAAGUCAUCGAUGUCAUCGGGCACUACAGAGAGCAACUCGGGCGCUUCAGUCAAAUCCUCAAGCCUGGAUUUUGGCUCCCUGACUUUAACCCCUGCCUCUACAAUGUCUGCAGAAAGCAGAGACUCCAUCGGUGGCACUUCGCUUCAACCUCCGCCGUCAACUGCUAGUACUCGGAGCACUGCACCGAAAGGAUCAGUCACAAUACUUGAUUCCACGGGCAACCCAGUGGGUAUUGUCAAUGCCGAAGAGCUUACAGCUUUCAGGACUGCGUUAGCGUCGACCGUGAUGUUUCAAAAGCGACAGAACGUGCAUACGGUGACUGUCUUCGGUGCAGGCAAGCAAGCUUACUGGCAUAUCAGGCUCGCGCUACUUUUCAAAGGCGACCAGAUUCGCCACGUCAAUAUCAUCAAUCGAACCUUCGCGAGAGCCAUCAAAUUAAUGAAUGCAUUUCAGAUUACAGACGAGUCUAAAGCUCAAUGGCGGAAGGACAUCAAAUUCUCAGCCAUGAGCCCCGACUUUGGAGAGUACGGUCGACUACUUAAGGAGGAAGUUCGAAAAGCAGACGUGAUCUUUUGCUGUACGCCAUCGGUGGAACCAUUGUUUCCUGCGGAGUUCUUGAUCUCUCGCGAGGGACAGAGGAAGGGCAGAUAUAUCUCUGCGAUUGGAUCGUACGCCCCGCAUAUGUGUGAGAUUCAUCCCGAUAUCUUCAAGAGGGCCGUCGAACCACAUCACCACAACCAUCAUCACAAACAUGCCCAGCAGGGCGGUGCCAUCGUUGUGGAUAGUUUGGAGUCGUGUCUAAAAGAGGCGGGCGAAAUCAUCCAGGCAAAAUUGAAGCCGGAGCACCUCGUCGAGAUCGGAGAGCUGAUGAUGAUCAAAAAGGCAACAACCCGGGAAAUCGAACUGGGAGGACCGGGUGAGCAAGGCCUAUUGGAUUGGUUAACUAAAGGCAAUGUCAUGUAUAAGAGCGUUGGGAUGGGAUUGAUGGAUCUCGUGGUGGCCGGCGAUUUGAUCAGACUUGCGAUGGAACGAGGAGUCGGUGUGACAAUUCAAGAAUUUUGA